CGGCGCGGUGCAUUGUGGGGCGGAAGCAGAGAGUCACCGCUCCGUUAGGGCCGCCAUCUUGUCUGCGUCCGGACCUGCUGCUGUCCUCGGGGCCUGCUCGUUCUCCUCGUCGCGUGAAGCGGUAGAGAGAGUGAGGACGCGGCGCAAGGCCGGGCGGUGCUGAUGCGUGCGGGGUCUCCUCGCUUCUCCCUCGGGCGCCGCUAGUAGAAGGGGCGGGAGUAGCCGGGCGGUCUCCGGCGCGGCCUUUCCUCUCGGCCGGGAUGGGUCGGUCCCGCAGCCGGAGCUCGUCCCGCUCCAAGCACACCAAGAGCUCAAAGCACAACAAGAAGAAUCGGAGCCGCUCGCGGUCCCGUUCUCGGGAGAAAGAGCGGGCGCGGAAGCGCUCCAAGUCACGGGAGAGCAAACGCAACCGGCGCCGCGAGUCCCGGUCCCGUUCCCGCUCCAACACGGCCCCCUCCUCCCGCCGCGAUCGGGAGCGCGAACGCGAGCGCGCCUCGUCCCCGCCGGACCGCAUCGAUAUCUUCGGGCGCACGGUGAGCAAGCGCAGCAGCUUGGACGAGAAGCAGAAGCGGGAGGAGGAGGAGAAAAAAGCAGAGUUCGAGCGGCAACGGAAAAUUCGUCAACAAGAAAUCGAAGAGAAACUCAUAGAGGAAGAAACUGCUCGAAGAGUGGAAGAGCUUGUGGCUAAAAGAGUGGAAGAAGAGUUGGAGAAACGGAAGGAUGAGAUUGAGCGGGAGGUUCUCCGCAGGGUGGAGGAGGCUAAGCGCAUCAUGGAAAAACAGUUGCUCGAAGAACUCGAGCGACAGCGACAAGCUGAACUUGCAGCACAAAAAGCCAGAGAGGAAGAAGAGCGUGCAAAGCGUGAGGAACUAGAGCGAAUACUAGAAGAGAAUAAUCGAAAAAUUGCGGAAGCACAAGCUAAACUGGCUGAAGAACAAUUGAAAAUUGUUGAAGAACAAAGAAAGAUUCAUGAGGAGAGGAUGAAACUAGAACAAGAGAGGCAACGUCAGCAAAAGGAAGAGCAAAAAAUUAUCUUGGGCAAAGGAAAGUCUAGGCCAAAACUGUCCUUCUCACUAAAGAGCCAAGAUUAAAAUGCUACUCUGAACUCUUACAAGAAGAAAAAAAAAACAUUUAAAAAGACAAAACAACAACAAAAAAACACCACCAACAAAAAAACUUUGUAUGGUAGCUUCAUGUUGAAGUGUUUGUUUUUUUUCUCUCAAUUUUUUUUGUCUUUUUUUUUUUUUUUUUGAAAAUCUGGAAAGUUAGCUUGUUCUAAUAGGGGCUGUGCUCUGCAAUUCUUAAUUUUUUUUAAAAAACUCCAUUAAGGUAAACCCUUAUCAGAUCAUUGUUGCCUUUUAGAGAACUGUUCUCAUAGGUUUGUUUCUGUAUUAGUGGUCUGAAGCACAUCAGGUCACUGUGAAUUGCGAAUGAUCUGAUAAGGUUUUACGGACCUACUGAUCAGAGUUUGACUCUGAUAAUUGACAGAACUUUAUACUGGGUAUUGCUGACUCUUAAUUAUUUUUUUUAAAAGUCAGUGAAUACAAGAGUAAAUUGCCAUGGUAUUACUUGACCUCUGUGGCUUAUUGUUAAAUCAGUGUCCUAUGAUACUGUCCCAUUGUUGCGCUUGAUGUUCCUGAUACAGGUAAGGAAAUAGUUUGUCAUUUCUGCUAUGAAUACAUAGGGAGAGUUCAGUAUUGUCUCUGUUAGAUUUGUUUUUAUUACAUUGACAGCAUUCAACCAGCGUUCCCAUUGUGUAAAUAAACCAAUUUGCUGAAUAAAGUGAAAGUCUUAAAUUCA